CAAAACAUAAUUUCAUCCCAGAAAGCGGAAGAAGGUCAGAUUGAAAUGAGGAGAUGAAGACAUUUUAUUCUGCAAUCACAAUGCCGGCACCGAACCCUGUUAUUCUCUCCGCUCUGGUGUGUGUGUCCCUAUUCCGAUGUGCAGUUGGACCCCAUGUAACCAUCAUCCCACCUCGGGCCAGGGCACUCGCAGGGGAAAACGUCACUCUGACCUGCCACUUGGUGCCUACUGCCCAAAUAAACCAGAGUUAUUCCUGGUAUAAGGACGAUGAGAAGCUAAAUGGAUAUGAACAGAACUAUACAAUCCAUGAAGCUACAAGAGAAGACAGUGGGAGCUACCAGUGCCAAACCGUUAGCAGCAACCGGAGUGAGGGGGUCACACUGAAUGUUACUGAUGAGCCGUUCUCCCUUCCAAUAAUCCGAGUGACCCCAGAGUCGCCAUUGGAAGGGUACGGCAUGACCAUAUCAUGUGACACCAACCUCAGCCUGGUGCUGGCGCCUGUGGAACUGCACUUUGCGUUCUACGCUUACGGCAAUAUGGCGCGCGACUUUAACACUUCCGAUCAAUACACAAUCCCCGUGGCUCAGCAGAAGGACUCUACAGAUUAUAGGUGCGAGGUGAAAACACCGGAUGGCGCUGUGAGGAAAUCAAGCAAUGAGACAUUAAUUGAGAUAGAAGAACUGUUCUCCUACCCCGGGAUAGACUUCAGUCCAUAUCCAGUGACAGAAGGCGAAGCCCUGACCGUAUUGUGCGACGCUAGCCCUUUUGCCAAGCCUACGGAGAUGCUGUAUGAGUUCUACGCCAAUGGAAGGCGCGUGCGGAAAUUCAGCCCUUCUAAUACAUAUACAGUUCAUCCAGUUCAGCUGAAGGAUUCAGGGCCCUAUCUCUGUGUGGCCAAAACUUUGAAUGGUAGUGUAGAGAAGUUUGGCACCGCCUCAUUUCUGGGAGUACAAGAACUCUUCCCUACUCCAUCAAUAUCAGUCAGUCCAAGAGAGGUGCUAGAAGGUUCCAUCAUGACGGUUUCUUGUGACAUUAAAUCUGAGUGGAGAGGACCAGGGAACCCUCGCUUUAUUUUAUACAAAGAUUCGAAAGUCGUGCAGAGUCUCUCGGCACAAGGGGAAUACAAAGUGACAGCUGCUCAACUGCACAAUGCAGGAAGGUAUGAAUGUGAAGCAAGAUACCCCAGCGGGGAGGCAAAAACCAGCCAAAAUAACUACGUUACCAUCCAAGAGCUUUACCUCUAUAUAGAUGUGGCACCAACUGCAGUUACAGAAGGCGACAGCAUGAGAAUAAAAUGUUAUAUCCGACCAUGGGCCCCGGAAAUGGCUACGCACCCCCAGUUUGCAUUUUACAAAGAUGGGUUUAAGGUGCAGGAAUUCGGCCCAUCUAAUAUAUACAGAGUUCCUUCGGCUCAGGUUCGGGAUUCUGGAGGCUAUACUUGUGAACUGAGAAUUUCAACGGUCAUAGAGAAGAAAAUGAGACGCCACUUAUAUGUCCACGUACAAGAGCUGGUCUCCUGUCCGAAUAUCACGGUUAUUCCAUCGCCACCGUUAGUACAAGGCUCUGACGUGACUUUUACUUGUCACGCAACUCGUAACCCAUUGGAAGAGGAGACGGAGCUGCAGUUUGCUUUCUACAGAAAUGGGGAGAACGUGCAGGCAUUCGGUUUAUCUGACACAUACCACGUUCCUUCCGUCCGGCUGGAGAAUUCGGGGAAUUACAGCUGUGAGGUCAGAAGCUCAACCAGUGAUGUGAGGAAGAUAAGCAGAGGGAUACGUGUGCAGAUAAAGGAGAGGAGUCAGAGAUACCGCUACAGGCUGCUCGCUGCGGGUGCGUUGGUUCUUGUGCCUGUUGCCCUUAUCCUGUACUUGCGCAGAAAUAAAUGACAUCCGACUCACUCACCAAUCAAGAUUAGAGGGCUCAUUUAUGAAAAGCUGGCGCAGUACUAUGCAUGGAAAUUAGCCCAUUUAUAUCCCAUAAACUGAGUGCAUUUGCCUACUUGUAUAAUGUAGGGGAUCAGAGAACCCUGUCCCCUGUUUUUCAGUCUGCGAUCUCAUCCAGCCUAGCUACAGCCUGGGG